CCUAUUCUUCCUCCAAGGUUUCGUGCACCACUUCCAACUCCUAUUACUCCACCUCAAAAACGCGCUCCACCUCCCACUCCUCGCCUUCCUUCCCCACAACUAGGGGCACCACUCCCAACUCCUCUUCCUCCCCGUCCUCCACGUGGUCCCCUUCUUCCUUCCCCUCAAAAGGGAGCUCCAGCUCCCACUCCCCGCCUUCCUUCCCCACAGUUGGGGGCACCACUUCCAACUCCUCCUCUUCCUGCAAAGACGAGGGCUCCUCGACGCGCUCCACUUCUUCCUUCUCCUCGAAAAGGAGCUCCUCCUCCCACUCCUCGCCUUCCUUCCCCACGGUUGGGGUCACCACUUCCAACUCCCCCUCUUCCUCCUAAGAUGGGGGCUCCUCAACGAGUUCCCCUUCUUCCUUCUCCUCGAAAAGGAGCUCCAGCUCCCACUCCUCGCCUUCCUUCCCCACAGUUGGGGGCACCACUUCCAACUCCUUCUCUUCCUCCUAAGAUGGGGGCUCCUCGACGCGCUCCGCUUCUUCCUUCUCCUCGAAAAGGAGCUCCUCCUCCCACACCUCGCCUUCCUUCCCCACAGUUGGGGGCACCACUUCCAACUCCUCCUCCUCCUCCUCCUCCUUCUAAGAUGGGGGCUCCUCGACAUGCUCCCCUUCUUCCUUCUCCUCGAAAAGCAGCUCCUCCUCCCACUCCUCGCCUUCCUCCCCCACAGUUGGGGCCACCACUUCCAACUCCUCCUCGUCCUCCACGAAUGGGGGCUCCUUCUCGGGCUCCCCUUCUUCCUCCCUCUAGGACGAAGCGUGCUCCAUCUCCCGCACCUCGUACUCCCCCAAGGUCUGUUGCACCAGCUCCAACUCCUAUUCCUCCCCCUCGGAAAGGCGCUCCACCUCCUACUACUCGUCUUCCCGCCCCACAUUUGGGAGCACCACUUCCAUCUCCUAUUCUUCUUCCACCUGAACAAGACAUUCCACCUCCUCUGCCGGCGGCUCCGCCUUCACGUCCAGCUCCAGUGGUGGCACCAGGUGGACCCAAAGUGCCAGCCCUUAUUGCGUUUGGGGACUCUAUUGUGGACACCGGCAACAACAACUACCUUAUGACCCUCGUCAAGGCUAACUUCCCACCGUAUGGUAGGGAGUACCCUGGCCACAAGGCCACUGGCAGGUUCUCCGACGGCAAGAUCUCGGUGGACUUCAUAGCGUCCGCACUUGGGGUGAAGGAGAUGCUCCCACCGUACCUGAACAAGAGCCUCACCCUGGAGGACCUCAAGACCGGUGUCAGUUUCGCGUCGGCAGGGAGCGGCUACAACAAUGCCACAUGCAAGACAUCGUCGACCAUGACGAUGGAGCGGCAGCUGCAGCUGUUCGCCGAGUACAAGGCGAAGGUGGGGAGCAUCCCGGACAGGGCCCUCUUCAUCGUCUGCUCCGGCAGCAACGACAUCGUGGAGCACUUCACCCUCGCCGACAGCAUGAGCUCGCCCGAGUACGCCGACAUGAUGGCCGGGAGAGCCAUCUCCUUUGUCGAGAGGCUGAUUGGCGAGGGCGCGCGGCAGAUCGCGCUGACCGGGGCACCGCCGGUGGGGUGCGUGCCCUCGCAGCGGCGCAUGGCCGGCGGCUUGAAGACGCAGUGCGCGACGGACCGCAACCAGCUGGCGCUCAUGUUCAACCGCAAGCUGAGCCUGGAGGUGGCCAAGCUGGCCGGCAGGUUCCGCGGCGUCAACAUCUUCUACGUUGACCUCUACUCCAUCCUCGCUGACGUGGUCCAACGCUACAAGGACCUGGGGUUCACCAACGGCAAGGACUCGUGCUGCGGCUUUGUGGGCUUUGCCGUGGGCCCGCUCUGCAACAUCGGGAGCCGUCUUUGCCCGGACCCGUCACAGUACGUGUUCUGGGACAGCUACCACCCCACGGAGAAGGCCUACAAGCUCAUGAUCGAUGAGUUCAUCCGGAGAUACAUGAGAUACAUCCACUAGUUAAAUUCAUGUUGUUUCUAGCUCCUUCGUUCGGCUCUUAUAAGGUUAUUAGUACGUAAGUAUGAUCGAUCGACAUCCUACAAAGUUUGUAAGGCCAGAUCAGACUUUUUCCACUGCUCCAAAUAAAGAUCAAAAUUGGAUGAUUAGUGAAAAAUUUAUUUUGCCU